UCUUCCUCCUAACAGGGCCUUCUGUGGGUGGAUGGGAGAUGCCUCUUCUGUGCUCCCCACCCCCACGCUAAUGGCCCUGUUUCUGUUGUCACUGUCGUCACAGUCACCUUGCUGGGCCUCUUCCUUCAAGGGCAGGGCUGGGUCUGCCAUCAUGGUCGGGAGUAAAUCCAGGACCCAGCCCAGCUGUGGGUCAAAGUAGUGCCCAGGGAGGGGCCGAGGCUCUGCCAGGCUCUAUUGAUCUCUUAUCUCCCGGGUUCCACUGGCCUUAUCUGAUGGGGCUCAACAGGCAGCAGAUGAGGUUGACAAGGCCCCAGGGUUACUGAGUAACCCCAACCUCUUUAAAAGCCCCACUGUUUACCCUAGACACCAGUACUGGCCUGUUCUCUGCACUGCGUACUGCUACCAUGAAUGCCUGUGUGCUCUCUGUGCUGUGCCUCCUGGGCGCCGUGGCUCUCCUGGUAGAAGGGGUCACUGUGCAGGAUGGAGAUCUUUCCUUUCCUCUGGAGUCCGUGAAAAAACUUAAGGACCUCCACGAGGUACAGGAGCCCAGACUGGUGAGUCACAAGAAGUUUGCCCCCAGGCUUCCUGAGCCUGUGGCACCGCGCCUAUGUAGCCACUCAGCAUUUCCAGAAGCACUGAGGCCGGUCUGCGAGAAACCCAACGCUGAGGAGAUCCUGCAGAGACUGGAGGCCAUUGCUCAAGACCCAAACACAUGUGAGAUCUGUGCCUAUGCUGCCUGCACGGGAUGCUAGAGUGAUAUCGCUUGACUUUCUCGCAGCCCACCAGAAGCUCCUCUACCUUCUAGAAGCAGCAGGGCUAACAAACUCUUACCCCCAGCAUCUCAGCCUGCCCUGGCCACUGCAGGGAGGAGGCUGAGGAGACAGCUACCUGGAAAAACCUUGCCUGGGGCCUAUGUUAACCCU